UGAGCAAAACGCUGCGACCAAACCAUGACGCAGCAAUUUCAUCUUUCCAAAAAGCAGUGUUAUAAAUUACGCCCUAUAGAUAGAGUUCGAGUGUUUAAAUGGUCAUAGGAAGCUGCUCAGCGAGGCUACCCGAUGUUUCACUCAAUAAAUAUGCGAAACUAUUAUUCGUUUUCAUUUGUAACAGAAGUCUGUCAGUUCGAAAAAGCGAUUAAUAGGCAUGAUUUCACAUCUCUGGCUCCUCCCCCCUCCUCAACUGUAGUGACAGAUGAAAAGCCACGUGCUAUAUAAACGCUACCCAAAGAAGUUGAUUAAUGUUUAUAAGGUAGAGGUUUGAGAAGCACGGUGAAAAUGUUGGAUAGUUUAUCACCGAAUGUGAAGAACAUUUAUAUGCAUACAGGAAACAUUUUAAAUCUGAAUGAAGUUAAGAAAAAGGCUGGACAAAACCCGACAGAUGAGUUGAUUGAAAGUUUGAAGAUAACAUUAAGCAAAGGAGAUCUCAAAGCUGUAGAAGAGGAUAGUGUAAAGAUUCAGCGACUUGAUGAUGACACACAGACAGGGAUUACCUCAGAAGAUAGAAAAGGUUUGAAAAUAGGAAUUAAAGUAUUUGUUUCAUCUCCAAAGAAGGAAACCUUAUGUGAAGCUCUGGAAACUAUGUUUCUUGCACUCAAUGUCGAUUUUGUCGACUCCCUUGUGUUGGCAUAUCCUAGCAAGGCAGAAAGUACAACUCUCCUUCCAGAGCUUCAAGAGAUGUGGACGGUAUUAGAAGACUACACAGAACGUCAGAAGCUCUACACUAUAGGAGUCAGUGAUAUAGACACAGACAUUUUUGUGGCAUUGCACAACUGGGCAAAGAUUAAGCCUAGCAUAAUACAGAUUAACCUGGCCAGUUGUUGUGUGGUGCCACCUGCAUUGCAAGAAUUCACAAAACAAAAUGACAUUCAGUUGCUGACACACAGUGAUCCAUUUGAAAUUCUUCCAAAAUCAUCUUUGAACAGUGUGUUUGACUUCACUGGACAAGGUGAAACAACAUCACUAGAACUUAGUUGGGCAUUGAGGUUCCAAGUGCAUGUCAAGUGCAGAGGUGUCUUAGCAAGUAAAGGUUACGUUGUUUGCAUUCAACGUUCUUAGCAGCAUUUUGUGUACUGAGUACUGUGAAAUGUGGAUUUCUGUGGAGCAGCCUUACACUACUGGCAAGAAUGGAAAAAAACACAUUGUGUUUAAAUUGUAAAAGUGCAUUUAUGUGAUUUAUAUUGUGAUGAAUUUUGUUGUCGCUGAGCUGAAUUAUAAAUUUUAUAUGAAAUAAUUGUAAUAUAUAUUUAUGUUCAAUAAAGACAGCAGAGCUUUUCUCUGAGAGAAUUAAGCAUUUAA